AACAAAUUCUUUUUGGCAGAAAAAAGAAAGAAAAACCGCUGGCGAGAAAAAACAACCAGACAGGCAACAGAGUCUUACGGAGUCGGAGAUCCGAAGUGUGGAGGGUCGUAAGAAGCUUCGAAUCUCCGGCGCUGUCUUCUCUUCUCUUCUCUUUUCCCCCAUCCCAAAACCCCUCAGCUCGUUUUCGACCACAUCAUCGUUUUCUCUUUCUUUUCGAUUCAAUCUAACAGAUGAAGCACCAGAGUUCUAUUUGGGCAGUCCUCCUACUCAUAUUGCUCAUCGCCGGCUUUGUCAGCUCAAACGGCGACGUUUCUAGCUCGGAAAGCAGGGAGUUGCAGAUUCUGGGUGAUUAUAACGUUUUGAACUCAGAGUGCAAGGCGUUGCAGCUUCUGGUUUUGCAUCAGAAACCGAACGGCGAGGUCUUGAACUGGGAGAGCAGGGCGUUGCAGCCUCUGGGUUCGCAUCAGAAUCAGCUCGAAGUCUUCUCUCGCUCUCCCAGCCGAAGACUUCAUUCCCAUACACCUGAGCCGACUGCAUUAGUUGCUACACUGGAUGGGAGAAUACAUUUGGUGGAGAGUAAUUCGAUGAGAGUACUAUGGUCGCUUGCUUCAGGGCCGCCACUUUACACCUCUUAUCAGGCUCAAGACAGUACUUCUGGUUCAAAAAAUAGUCGCUACUUCAUCGAUUGUGGUGAUGACUGGAACUUGUAUCUGCACAGAGGGCACUUUGGUCGAGAGAAACUUCCGUACACUAUUGAUGAAUAUGUUGGUAGUACACCUCACUCAGAGGAUGAUGGAUCAAUUACAGUUGGGUCUAAGAAGAACACUGUGUUUGAGGUUGAUCUUUUGACAGGGGAGCUGAUUCGCCCAUACGCUCUACCCAAUUCUCCAUCCACUUUGAAGAGUAAUGAAAAACAGAGAGUUUUAUCCAAUAAUAAUAUUAGAUAUAAUAAGGAGUUGGUCAAGCCUAGCUCGAUAAACCGAAAUGCUGCUCAGCAGCGACUACUUAUCUCCAGGAUAGAUUAUUCCUUGCAGUCAUUUGUUCCGUAUUCAGACCAGGUCUCAUGGAAUAUGACAGUUGGUGAAAUUUGGGCUGCUUUACUUUGUCCUGAUAAUGAGAAUCCACUUGGUGGUGCCCCUUUGAAUUCAAAAAAUGUGCUUGGUUCUGAAACUGGCAGUGACAUUGCACCACCAUUAUCAUGUCAAUCAAAAAAAUUUAUCUUCCCCCAGAGAAAUCAUACGCUGUUAGAAUUAGUUGGACCUGGAAGAAAAUUAAAGGAUCAAGAGACAGACACCAUGGUUCAAAAGCCUGCUUCAAGUCUGAUGGUUCCUUCAAAGCCUGAGGUUGACAAUAAAUUUUUUGAUGGAUCAACAGCAUUGACUCUCACUUUUUUGUUUGUGAUGCUUAUGGGCUUUGUUGUGUACCACUGUGCUUCUGUGGUUAAAGGGCAAGUUUGGUUGCAUGAUCAACGCAGCAAUUCUGAUUCAAAAACUGCACCUUCCAAGAAGAAGAAAAGUCGUAAAUCAGAAAAGAAUAGUGGCAUUAUAUCAUCUCAAGAUGAAGAAGCUUUAACACACACUGAAAGUGAUAACAAGACACGCUCGUUCCUUAAUAAACUCUUUGAUUGUGGUACUAAUGGUCGCAGGAUUGGUAAACUACUUAUAUCAAAUAAAGAAAUUUCUAAGGGUAGCAACGGUACUAUUGUCCUAGAGGGAGUUUAUGAAGGUCGACCUGUUGCUGUAAAACGCCUUGUAUUAGCUCAUCAUGAUGUGGCUUUUAAAGAAAUUCAGAAUCUUAUUGCGUCUGACCGACAUCCAAACAUAGUACGAUGGUAUGGAGUCGAAUAUGAUCAAGAUUUUGUUUAUAUCGCUCUGGAGCGUUGUAUUUGCAACUUGGAUGAUUUGAUACAAAUUUGCUCAGAUUCCUCUAAAAAUCCAAUAGUUGGAGAGGAAGAUGCAAAACGAGUUCUGAAUGGAAAUGAAGUUCACUUGGAGUCAGUGAAGAAUAUUAUGUCAGAUGUUAAUUUGUGGAAAACAGAUGGCUUCCUGUCACCUCUAUUAUUGAGAUUGCUGAGGGAUGUGGUUUCUGGGCUUGUGCAUUUGCAUGAAUUGGGAAUCAUUCAUCGCGACUUAAAGCCUCAAAAUGUUUUGUUAAUUAAGGAAAGAUUCUUGUGUGCAAAGCUUUCUGAUAUGGGCAUUAGCAAGCGCCUUAUUGGGGACAUGUCUUCUUUGGGUCAUCAUGCUACUGGCUCUGGCAGUUCUGGUUGGCAAGCGCCUGAACAGCUUCUUCAUGGGCGGCAAACACGUGCAGUGGAUUUGUUUAGUUUAGGUUGUGUAAUAUUCUUUUGCAUCACUGGUGGUAGACAUCCAUUUGGGGAUCACCUUGAACGUGACAUAAAUAUUGUGAAGAACAAAGUGGAUCUCUUCUUGGUGGAGUAUAUUCCUGAAGCUGUGGAUCUUAUAUCUCGUUUGUUAAACCGUGACCCAGAGUUGAGGCCAAAGGCAUUGGAGGUGCUGCAUCAUCCUCUUUUCUGGAGCUCAGAGAUGAGACUUUCAUUUCUUCGUGACACUAGUGACAGGGUAGAACUUGAAGAUAGAGAGGCUAACUCUGGUCUUUUGAAAGCCCUAGAAAGUAUUGCACCCAUGGCUUUGGGUGGGAAAUGGGAUGAAAAGAUGGAACCUGCAUUUCUGACUAACAUUGGCCAUUACAGGCGUUAUAAGUUUGACAGUGUUCGAGACUUAUUGCGAGUCAUUCGAAACAAAUCGAAUCACUAUAGAGAACUUCCAACCCAAAUUCAGAAACUUGUCGGACCAGUUCCCGAAGGAUUUGAUUCCUACUUUGCAAGUCGGUUUCCGAGACUUCUGAUUGAAGCAUACAAAGUUGUGUGCACACAUUGUAGAGGAGAGGAAUGCUUUGAGAAGUAUUUCAAAAGCAAUGCAGAGGGCCUCUAAUUGCUUAUGAUGUAUGGUGAAAAUUCACUGCUGUAGGUGAUUUUUUUGGGCCUCAAUGGUUUAUAUGUGUAAUGUAGCUGUAAAUAAUAACAAUGUAUAGAAUUCCUCUUAUAAUAAAUCAGUCUUUUAUCUGGCUUC